AUGGAUUCGGAUUAUCCCACUUCGGAUUUAUCCUCACCAUCGUCUGAAGACAUUACCAACGUUUCAACCAUGGAUUCACGUCCAACUGCCAAGGAGUUGCUUGAUCGCCUUGACUAUGAUAUCUCGCAGCUGCUGCAGCGGUUCGAGAACAUUGUCGCUAUUGCUGCCAACAAGUUCGAUGGAACCAGUCACGUUGAUGCUGCUGUCGAAGCAUUCCAAAUUGAUGUAGAGUCUACUGCGCUGAUCCGUGCUGCGGAGGACCUACUUGCCUUGUCUCGCCUCAUGAAGGAGCUUUGGCUCUUCGGCAAGCUCGAUACCCUCGGUGAAGACGAACGUGAUGUCCAGCGGCGUGAGAAGCUCGAGGAGGAUGUGAAGGCCAUCCAGGAGGCCCUUGAUGGAGGAUUAUUGAUGCCUUCAUCGGGUGAGCCUGAGAAGUCCGGGGGCCCUGAACAGUCUGAGAAGCCCAAGUCAAAGGACUUUGGGCAGGCCGAGAAGCCCGAGAAGACCGAAAAGGAACAAUGA